GAGAGUUUCCCAACGGUUUACGGACUCGACUUGUUGAACAGAGCAAUUUCCUUCUGCUGAGUGAAGCCUUGUGUUACAUAAUCUAUGACCUUGCCAUGAGUGGAUCUGAAAUAAGAGCACUCAAUGAAGCCCCUGUCCAGAAUCGUCUUGACCAAAUGGAGACAACGGUAACGCUUGAAAAAAAUGUGACUCUGGAUCACUUGGCUCAAAUUCGCCACAAAUCACGCGUAAAAAAGUCCAGGAAGUCUCGCCCAAAGACAACCGAUUGUAAUCCAAACAACUCGGAGGGAAUUACUGCGAAGCCUCCAUGCGAAUUCCAAAUUGCCCCGAAUAACUCACCUGGUGAUGGGGGUAAAGUCAACCUGGAGAAGAUCUGCAAUUGCCUGAAUAGUUGGUACAGUGGUCUUUAUCUUCCAUCAAGAGAGUCGAUACAACAGGCCCUUGAUGAACUAAUUGCUAGUGGACAGGUGUACUGUACUGACUAUGGGUACAAUGUCAUGACGAUUGACAAGCUCCGAGUGGCUCAAUGGGUUUUGGAACAACAGCUGGAAGUACAGGAAAAAGAUUUGAAUGAACACGAUCAAAGAAAAGACAAUUACUACACGGAUAAUCAAGGAUCAAAGAGGAUGAAAGAGAGAUGUGCCGUCUUCAUUGAGGAACAAAAUAUCCAAAAUGCUCUGAAACAUACGACCGUUUCUCGGCCUCAAACAGAAAGCGCUUGCGUUUGUAGAGGUGACCUGACUAAUGGAGGCAUUGAGCUAUCCCCCCAUUCCAUAAUGCCUCAAUUUCAUAAAAUGGAAGGACGUGCAGAGACAAAAAUCAAUCCUAACAUCCAGCCAAAGGUUCGUUUGCGUCGACGCCGUCGUGUAUCGCGGAGAAAUCCAGAGCAACUCUGUUCUUUCUGUCACAACUACGGUCAACUUGACAACUUGCAUGAUAACAACGUCAUUGGCUCGCCUCCCUGUCCCGUUAUUGUAGGAAGCGAUUUGACAAACCACCGGUUAGCACCAAAAGGGAUAAUUCCAAUGCAUGACUCGACGAUAAACACGUCAAAUCAAGAUAGAAAUUUUCGGGAAGGGCAUAGCGACCAAAAGAACGGCCAGGUUGACUCGAUCAAAGGUAUUUCACAUCAAGUGAACGAUGUUCAUCAUACAAAACAAGAGCUAUCUAGGAACGAAAGUAGUAUUGAUGACAAACUAAAAGUAAAACCGGACAACACAUUGACAGCUCGAACGAAUUCAAACGGUCAAACCGAGAGACCGGUCUGCAGCAGCAAUCCUCUGGACUUUAAUUUCAUCACAAAAGAUAAAGUGUGGAGAGAAAUAGCACCCGGCCAAAUAUUUACCAACAUCUUUGAUUUGACUGAAAAAAAGGAAGAAAGCUGUGACAGAUUCAGGUUACAUUGUGAUGAUC